GACGCAUGCGCAGUGUGAGGGCCAGCUCGCCGCGGUGACCGGGAGCUGUGGGGGUGUCGGUGCCGCGUCGCGCUGUCCGUGUGGCCCUCAGGCUCCGCUUCCUUCCUCCGCCAUGAGCUUCUUCGGCUUCGGGCCGGCCGCGGAGCUGGACAUCGCGCUGACGGACUCCGAGAGCCGCCGGCGGGUGGAGCACAAGAGCGAGGACGGCAAGAAGGACAAAUACUGCCUGUUCUACGACGGGGAGACCGUGUCCGGCCGGGUCACUGCGGCCCUCAGGAACCCGGGCAAGAGGCUGGAGCACCAGGGCCUCAAAAUAGAAUUCAUCGGCCAAAUCGAGCUGUACUAUGACCGUGGGAACCACCAUGAAUUUGUAUCACUGGUGAAGGAUUUGGCUCGCCCCGGAGAAAUCUCGCAGACUCAAAGCUUUGAUUUUGAAUUUACUCAUGUGGAGAAGCCAUACGAGUCGUACACUGGUCAGAACGUCAAGCUACGAUACUUCCUGCGCGCUACGCUGAGCCGACGUCUGAAUGACGUUGUGAAAGAGAUGGAUAUCGUGGUGCACACACUGAGUACAUACCCCGAGCUCAAUUCUUCAAUCAAGAUGGAAGUGGGGAUUGAGGAUUGCUUGCACAUUGAGUUUGAGUACAACAAGUCCAAAUACCAUCUGAAAGAUGUAAUUGUGGGGAAAAUAUAUUUCCUCCUUGUACGGAUCAAGAUCAAACACAUGGAAAUUGAUAUCAUCAAGAGAGAAACGACUGGCACUGGGCCAAAUGUCUACCAUGAAAACGACACGAUCGCCAAGUACGAAAUCAUGGACGGAGCCCCUGUAAGAGGCGAAUCCAUACCAAUUCGGCUUUUCCUUGCUGGCUAUGAGCUGACUCCAACCAUGAGAGACAUCAACAAAAAAUUCAGUGUCCGCUAUUACCUCAACCUGGUGUUAAUCGACGAGGAGGAGAGGCGUUACUUCAAACAGCAGGAGGUGGUGUUAUGGCGUAAAGGAGACAUUGUGCGGAAGAGUAUGUCUCACCAGGCUGCUAUUGCAUCUCAGCGAUUCGAGGGGACGAGUCACCCCGAGUGUAGACCACAGCAUAGCGGGGCCACAGCGGGGGACCAGGAAAAAGAGUGAAAUUGUGUCCUUCUUUUCAGGCCUUCUUGGUCCAAUAUACAGAGACUGAACCUCUUUACCCCAAACCUUGUCGCCAUCUGUGCUGUUACCCCAAGCACGGGCAUUCGGAUCUAUGCCUGCAGAGGGAUGCAACAGGCACAAUUUACCAGGCAGGCCAAAUCCCAACUCAUUUGGUGAUAUUUGGGGGAAGAUGAGAAGUAUAAUGGUCCCUUAAUAGUUUUAAUUCUCACAUUGCCUUUGUUAAUAUCACAGGCCCAUCUCGGUGUUACACACAAACUUAUUAACAUUGAAGGGGGUGGGAGGGACACAUCAUUUCAGCGAAAGUUUUUUCUUUUUUUUUCUUUCACUUUUCUUGCCAUGAGAAGUGCCCUCUUCUUAUGAAUGGGAGUAGGUGCUGAUGUAAUUAAUAGUUAAUGUCUCAGUGCCAGUAAUGCACCAAUCUGCCCAUUGUCAAUGCCCGUCUCUUUUAAGAUGCUGUUUUAACCACCAGCGAGCAGCAUCUCCAUGCAUGACAUCUCUUUAACUCUCCGUAAGAUGCCCCAGUCGGUGAGGCCUUACUCCCAACAAUCCUCUUUAAAAGUGUUUUAUUUGUUUAUCUGUGCACUGCCUUUUUGAGGUCGUAUUUAAAAUAUUGAAAUAUGUCCCCUGAAAAUCUACAUGAAGAAAUAUAUAUGAAGGUAUAAUUGUUAAAUUAACAAGGAAUUAAUGUCUCCAAAAAAUAAAAUAAAAAAUGAAGCGUUUUAACCCCUAGGGGAUUCAGGGACUUUGCCUCUCCUUAGGCACAUGGACGGUUUAAGCUGGGCACCUUUCCUUGAAAUCCAAACGAUUGCACGUAUAUUGCCUCUCGGCAGAAUCAUAGUAUUACUAUACAGGAGAACUCUGCUCCACUAAUAAAGAUGAAGUGAUCCUUGCGGAUUCCAAUUCUUAGGGGGGUGAGGGGAUGGAGAUGCCCCAAGGGAUAAGAAUAUGGGAUUCUUUGCUCAUUAACUAGUCUAAUAAGCUUAUAUUGCUUAAUAAACCAGUCUUACCUAAGACUGUCUGUAUGGGCCUGUUGGUAUGGCAAUGCUGUACCAGUCUGGUACCCCAUCUUGGGUGGCUAACCGUGUUUGUACAAUUGCAACACAGCUUCUUCCCUACUCAUUAAUGCUUUAACCAAUGUUAGUUAGUUCUUACACCCCUAGCCUGAACCAUUGGCGUCAGUCCAGUGAUGUUUUACCUUUUGUGUUCAGGGGAAGCUACAAUAAUACAUUGUGGUUGUAGCUUUCAAAUAUUGAUGAUCUGUGGCAUAUAAAAGGUGUUUUUACUCUUAGGAUAUAUCAGUUGUAUAUGACAAUAUCCAACAAACCCCAUGAAAACACCCCUUCCUGAGUGCAGGUAGCGAUUUGCUGUACUCGAUCAUUUAAAAUGCUGGAGGGGGUUAUGUAGUUUGCAUUACUGAUGGCCGAAUAGAUCAGUUAGAUUCUAUUAGCCAUUUGUGAGGGGGAAAGCAUUUUGAAGUAUUGUAUUAAAUUCGAACUGUGUACACAUUUAAUGUGCUUCACCAUGUUUAAAUUAUAUACAAAAUAUACGCUUUUUGGUUAAAACAAAGUGUUUACGAGGUGGUAAUUGAUGUAUCUAUUUGUGAGAGAGACUGCAUUUUUUAGAAAAAAAACUUGGAUGUGCCUCAGAAAUGUAAUUUAGAUUGUAAGCUCCUAGGGGCAGGGAUACUCAGUGUCUGCAUUCAUUUCAAGGUGACAGCUCUCCCUUCUACAGAUCACUUUCACACUUCAGAGAAUUCCAUCAGUUGCAGUGUUUUAUUUUAUUUUUCAUGUCUAAUUUCAUUGUGUUUUAAAUGUCUCUUUUACAUUGUUUUAUUAGUCUAAGAUUAAACAAAACAAAAACAAAG